ACGAAGCCGGCCGACACCCGCCAUUGUGUAAGGGAGACGAACUGGAGGGGGAGUUGAUCACGUGACUCGGCUGUGCCCGGAACGUCCUUUACGCAGGAUUUCCAGUCUCCGCUUGGGAGAGAGACUUGGAACAGUUGUGCUGCAAGAUUUUGUUUGCUUCGUUGGAUGUGCCUUGUGAUUUGAUAAAUAUUAUCGUUUUUGCUUUCGUAGACUUUUAUUUCGACAUCCCACUGAUUGUGUUUGAGUGACGUCACUUGAUUACUGUGCUCGGCGUUGCUGUACCUACAAAGCUCUCGCCGUUGAGUGGCCUAGUUCAAAAUGGCUUCAAAAGCAGCGAAAUCGGAUGGCAAGCGGCAGGAAAGCUACCGCUAUGCUGUUACUCCUGGAGAUGACAAGAAAAAGAAGAAGAAGAAGAAGGGAAAGGAAGAUUUGGACGAGCUCAAGCAAGAGCUGGAGAUGGACGAACACAAAAUCCCCAUCGAAGAACUUUACGAGCGACUGGGCACUGAUCCCAAUUCAGGUUUGUCCCCAGAAAAGGCCAGAGAAGUAUUGUUGCGUGAUGGUCCUAACCAACUGACGCCACCAAAGACUACACCAGAGUGGAUCAAAUUCUGUAAGCAGCUGUUUGGAGGGUUCUCCCUUCUACUGUGGAUUGGUGCAAUCCUUUGCUUUAUUGCCUAUGGCAUCCAAGCCUCCGCAUAUGAAGAUCCCCCGGGAGACAAUCUUUACUUGGGUGUUGUGCUAACAGCUGUCGUGGUUGUGACUGGUGUCUUCUCCUAUUAUCAGGAGGCAAAGUCAUCUAGGAUUAUGGACUCCUUCAAAAAUUUGGUUCCCCAGUUUGCCGUGGUGGUACGCAGUGGACAGAAGUUGAGUGUCAAGGCUGAAGAGCUGGUUCUAGGGGACGUAAUAGAAUGCAAAUUUGGUGACCGUAUGCCAGCUGACAUUCGUGUCAUUUCUGCUCAUGGAUUCAAAGUUGAUAACUCAUCGCUGACUGGAGAGUCAGAACCACAGACACGCACAGCUGAAUUCACUCAUGAGAAUCCUCUUGAGACUCGCAAUUUGGCAUUCUUCUCAACCAACGCUGUGGAAGGUACCUGCCGUGGAGUGGUGGUGAGAACUGGAGAUAACACAGUCAUGGGCCGCAUUGCUAACCUGGCAUCUGGUCUUGAGGUUGGAGACACACCAAUUGCCAAGGAGAUUGCACACUUCAUCCACAUCAUCACAGGAGUUGCCGUUUUCCUCGGAGUGUCCUUUUUCAUCAUUGCUUUCAUUUUGGGAUAUUUCUGGCUAGAUGCAGUCAUCUUCCUUAUCGGUAUCAUUGUUGCCAAUGUCCCAGAAGGGCUGUUGGCUACUGUCACUGUGUGCCUGACAUUGACAGCUAAGCGUAUGGCUCGCAAGAACUGCCUUGUGAAGAAUCUAGAGGCUGUAGAGACACUUGGCUCAACAUCCACCAUCUGCUCCGACAAGACUGGCACACUGACGCAGAACCGUAUGACAGUAGCGCACAUGUGGUUCGAUGGGCGUAUUGUGGAGGCCGAUACUAGUGAUGACCAAGCAAAUGCUACCUAUGGUCGUAAUGAUCCAACAUGGAUGUCCCUGGCCCGCAUAGCUAUGCUUUGCAACCGUGCAGAGUUCAAGGGUGGCCAAGACAAUGUACCCAUUCUGAAAAGGGAAUGCAAUGGUGAUGCCUCCGAGUCAGCCCUACUUAAAUGUGUGGAGUUGUCCAUUGGGCAUGUCACAGAGUUCCGUCGCCGCAAUAAGAAAAUCACUGAAAUUCCUUUCAACUCAACCAACAAGUAUCAAGUGUCCAUUCAUGAGACUGAGGAUCCCAAUGACCCUCGCUAUCUGCUGGUGAUGAAGGGUGCCCCUGAGCGCAUCAUGGAUCGCUGCUCCAGCAUACUGCUUCACGGCAAAGAUCAACCUCUUGACGACAACUUUAGAGAGGCUUUCAACUCUGCCUACCUGGAACUGGGUGGGCUCGGUGAACGUGUUUUGGGCUUCUGUGACAUGUACCUACCAAUUGAUGAGUUCCCCCCAGGCUAUGAGUUUGAUCCCGAUGGACCCAACUUCCCUCUCACUGGUCUUCGCUUUGUGGGCCUGCUGUCCAUGAUUGACCCACCUCGUGCUGCAGUGCCAGAUGCCGUGGGCAAAUGCCGCAGUGCUGGUAUCAAGGUCAUCAUGGUCACUGGCGACCAUCCUAUCACAGCCAAAGCAAUCGCCAAGGGUGUGGGCAUCAUCUCUGAAGGCAGCCGCACAGUUGAGGAUAUUGCUACUGAGCGGGGCAUUCCAGUAGAGGAGGUUGACCCCAGGGAAGCCAAAGCUGCAGUCAUCCAUGGAGGUGACCUUCGUGAUAUGACCCCUGCACAGAUUGAUGAAAUCCUACGCAAUCAUGCAGAGAUUGUGUUUGCCCGUACUUCACCCCAGCAGAAGUUGAUCAUUGUUGAGGGCUGUCAGCGUCAGGGUCAAAUUGUAGCCGUGACAGGUGAUGGCGUCAAUGACUCGCCUGCUCUCAAGAAGGCUGACAUUGGUGUUGCCAUGGGUAUUGCUGGCAGUGACGUCAGCAAACAGGCGGCUGAUAUGAUCCUGUUGGAUGACAACUUUGCCUCCAUUGUUACUGGUGUUGAGGAAGGGCGCUUGAUCUUUGACAACCAAAAGUCCAUCGCCUACACACUGACAUCCAACAUCCCAGAGAUUUCGCCCUUUUUGUUUUUCAUUCUCGCCGAUAUUCCCCUGCCGCUGGGUACAAUCACCAUCUUGUGCAUCGACCUUGGAACUGACAUGGUGCCAGCCAUCUCUCUGGCUUAUGAAAAGGCUGAGAAUGACAUCAUGAAGCGCCAACCACGUGACCCUGCCAAGGACAAAUUGGUGAAUGAAAGACUGAUCUCCAUGGCAUAUGGACAGAUUGGCAUGAUGCAAGCUUCUGCAGGAUUCUUCACCUACUUUGUCAUCAUGGGGGAAAAUGGGUUCUGGUACACGCGUCUGCUGGGCAUUCGUAUGCAGUGGGAUUCCCGUGGUGUCAAUGACCUGGAGGAUUCCUAUGGCCAGGAGUGGACAUAUGCCCAGAGGAAGAAGCUGGAGUACACCUGCCAUACAGCAUUCUUUGUGUCCAUUGUCAUCGUUCAGUGGGCUGACUUGAUCAUCUGCAAGACACGCCGUCUGUCCCUGUUCCAGCAAGGCAUGAAGAACCACCACUUGACCUUCGGCCUGUUUUUUGAGACUGCACUCGCAGCCUUCCUAUGCUACUGCCCAGGUCUAGACAAGGGUCUACGCAUGUACCCACUGCGGUUCACAUGGUGGCUAACAGCGCUGCCGUUUAGCGUGGCCAUCUUUGUGUACGACGAAUGCCGGAAACUAAUACUGCGGCGAAGCCCAGGUGGAUUUGUGGAAAGAGAAACAUACUACUAGCACAUGCUAAGAUCUGGAUCUGCUUGUCAUCCGUCGCAUGCCAUAUAUUGUCAUCUAGGCAUCGGUGCAUUAUCAUUUGUUUCAACAUUUAGUUUGUCAGUUUAUUUUAAAUUAAGAAGUUUCCUUGUGAACAUCUGCAUAAAACGUUACAAAGGUUCAAAAGAACGCAACAGCUUAAAAACCAUAAUGCAUUCAUUUGAAACAUCGGAUUUGGAUGGUUGUCACCAUUUAAACACUGCAUUUCAUAGCUAUGUGGUGAAAAUUAGUUAACGAUGGUAAGUACAAUUUUUGUUUUAGAAACUAAAUUUGAAGUGACUUUGGUUUAUGUUGUUGUAUGUUCAUACUCUAAAUGAUCUUACCUUUUAGAGUUGGGAGACUUUUUUUCCUUUUUUUUUUUUUUUGAAACCUUUUUAAGUUCCUGUUGAAUGUUAAUAUUGUUGUGAAUUUCAGUGACAAAUCGUUUAUCUGUAUGUAAUAUCAAGACUCGAAAGCUUUGUGAAUGCAGAGUUCAGUACAAAGAAUGAAUUGUGUGCAUGAUCUUCUUCCCAGCUUGCAGAUCACCACUGCAAGGCUGUAGAGGAACAAAAGUGGAAAAUUACAAAACACGUGCAGUGUUUCUCACAUUCUGUUUCAGGAUGUUUUGUGUACAUUACUGCAAAAAAAUGUUACCAUGAUCUUGUGUGAAGAAUUCACUGUACAAAUAGCAUUCAGCAUUUUUUGCAUUUUCUCCCCUUCUUUAGUUUACUUAUGUUGUGAGCCUGGAACCAAGAAGUAUGUUUGUGUGAGAAGUGAAUGAGAUGCCACUGGUGUUACAUUUUCAGUACUCAAGUUAUGUUAUCAACAAUUACAUUAUAUGCACUGAUCUGGGAUUUUUUUGUGACCUGAGAACAUUAUAUAGCUAGCAUCUUCACAAACCUGUAGCACAUCCUAACAUGUUUACCGCCUCUCAUUGGAGAUUGAACUGCACAGGAUGCAGGUUAUUGUUUUUCACAUAUUACCAGGGUGGUUGGAGAAAGGUGAAAGUAGUGCGACAGAUGGGAUGGUUGCAUUUGUGAUGCUUCCCUACUUUCACGCUACUGUUCAGAGCCAGUAAAUAUAAAGAAUUGAGCUGCCUGUAAAAGAUCUGGGCUUGGGUGAAAGAUACUCACUCCUGCCUCACAUUCCAGUUACCUAAAUUUAUUUUUUCCCUUUGACUAUUUGGUGUGUAAGCAGGCUUGUACCACAAAGUGCAUGCGGUUUUUACCUUUGUCAUGGGAUCAAGUCAUUUCAAGCAAAGAUAGCCAUCAGUGGAGUGGUCACUUUCACUAUGUCUUUACUUCCACAUUCACCAUUUUAGUAGUUUUUACAAAUUGCAAUUUUUACCUUUUCUGUGGGAUGCCUCGGUCUUCAGAAGUUCUCCGCACUUAGUAAAUUUGGGCGUAAUAGGAAAGAAAAGCUGUGUUUGUAAGCUUGUUGAGAUCUGAUAAAAUGCUCGUAAGAUUUGAGCUUCUGGGAAAGGGUGUGUUUAGGUUAAAGUUGAUGCUAGCUGAAUCUGGGUGAGGUGUUUUUGCCCAAAGCCAGACUGCUGUUUUAUUGCUCUUUUGGCUAAACACGCCUGAAGCCUUUCUUCCUGCAGAAUGCGGAGGUCAGCAGGGGUCAUGUGAUAAAAUCCUCCUUCCCUCCAAAACCACAAUGGUUGUACCCGUGAUUUGAGGAUCCUCCCAUCCGGUAUGGCCUGUCAGGUCACAUAAUGGAAGCUGUGAAAAUUCCUCGGCAGCCAUUUUAGACCAAGGAAUUGGCAAACUGAGGCCACCAGUGGUGGCUAAGGAUUCGCUUGUCAGAUGGAGUGAUGUGUUGUAUACGGAUGAAAAUAUUUACUGUUAGUUUUAAAAGCAUUUUGUACAGAUCAUGCGAUUUUUUUUUUUCUUCAAAGUUUCCUAGUGGAGCUCUAGCAAAUCUUGAUCCCAUCAGUCACCUUUCUGCCCACAGUCCUUGCAUAGAUUUUUAUUUCGACCACCGUAUUUUGCACAUGGAAGAGCGAUAUGUAAGUGAAGUUUGCAGAGUGGUGUUCUUUUGCAUCCAUGGUUCUUAUGUGUGUAGUUCAAGCAUUAGAACCCUGCACCACACAUGCAGGAACAGUUCACCUCGAACCAUUAUGCAAUUGUGACCGUGGGCCAGACUGUACGUAACAUGGAUCAGAGGGCCAGCAGACGAACAGUGUCCACAUAUCACACGUUCUGAAUGUUAACGCUGUAUACAUGCAUACAAUUUUAUGGACAAAUUUUUAUAGAAAUAAAUCUUUUAUCUCCCCAUUGCAUAUGAAAUAAAGUUUAGGUCAAAUUA